CAUUUCAGAAUUCACGAAUUUGACAGAGUGCAUUUUCAUUUCUAUUAUUUACUUCUAAUCCAUCAAGCAAUCAGUUCACACAGUUUAAACAAAUAUUGCUGAAAUCAUCCAAUAUCGUAGUAAAUUAAAAUCCAAAGUCUAUUUCUGAUUAGAAAAAAAAUAUUUGAUGAACUUCCUUGGAAAAAAGGAAGAUAAGGUUAUCACCACGCGUAACAAUGUUGAGGUUCCAGUUGUAGAACCGGAAGAACCUAUCGAAUUGGAAAAUUCAGAUGAAACAUGUUGUCAUAGAAUAACAUGUUGUUGUCCCUUUCUUCGUGAAAUAAUUGUAACCCAGCCAAUUUUAAAAUGUGCUCAACUACAGAUCACGUGGGCAGAUUUAUUUUGGCUCAUCACUUGCAUCAUUAUAACAGCAGUAACGUAUCUGCUUCUCUACUGUUUAAUUGGCCCUCCUGUGCUGCCAGGAGGAAGUAUAUUUGGACUAUUCGUCAUAAUUGUAUCUUCAUAUUUUCUUGGAUGGACACUGACUUAUAUCCCCUACUUACAACUACCACCUGUGUUCGGAAUGCUCUUAGCUGGGAUUAUUAUUCGUAAUACACAUUUAUUCAAUAUUCAGGAAGAACUUGGUUUCAGGGUCACUUCCAAGAUUAGGCUUUUUUGCAUGGCUUUUAUCACUCUUCGAAUUGGAUUACAACUAACGACAUCUCCCCUGAGAGAACAUCCUGUUUUUGUAAUGGCUUUAGCUCUGGUUCCCUGUUCGAUGGAAAUGCUAAGUGUUAGUGUGUGUGCAAAAUAUUUGCUGGGAUAUCCUUGGAACUGGGCUUUUCUCACUGGCACUAUAGUUGCCUGUAUGUCUCCAGUAGUAACAGUCAAUUGCAUACUGGCUCUAGCUGAACAAGGAUAUGGUGAGGAUAAAGGAAUAGCUACACUGCUUUGUACAGCAUCUUCCAUUGAUGACGUACACAUUGUCGCAAUUUAUUCAUUUUGUUUUUCUACUGUGUUUAGCCAUGACGAACUCAGAACAGAAUGGUGGUCUUAUAUCCCAGGAGGAAUAAGAGAUUUUAUUCUCAGCUUUAUCGCCGGAACUUUUUUAGGCACGAUCUUCAUAUUUUUUCCACACCGGAAUCACAAAUAUGCACUCCAUUUUAGACUAGUUUCUUUAGCUGUGGCUUCUCUUAUGUUUGCUUUAGUAGUAUCAAAAAUAUCCGUAACUGGCGGAGGAUUUUUUGCAUCAGUUAUUAUGUCUUUUGUCGCAUCCUCGGGAUGGCGAAUUAUAUCAGCACCAUUCGAUCUAACGCCAUUUAGAAAAUCUGGCUACAUAAUAUGGCAUUUGAUGCAACCAGUAUUGGUAGGAGUGAUUGGAGCCGAUAUUGAUUUUCACGACUGGUCUUUUGACAGAUUUGGUCUUCAUUUAACCUGCAUUUUCAUAGGACUAACAAUUCGGAGCAUCUUCGCUAUCUUUUCAACAAUCAGAACACCAUUCACCUACAAAGAACGAAUUUUCAUUGCGCUUUCUUGGCUGCCGAAAGGAACUCUUCAAGCAGCCCUGGCACCAUUGGCAUUGGAACAAGCGAGGAGUACCGAAAAUAGGACUGAUAUAGAAACAGCAAUUGACGUUGUUCGGUUAUCAGUAGUAGCAAUCGUUUUUCUAGCCCCCCUUGGAGCCAUUAUUAUGAUGGCUGCUGGACCCAUGUUACUAAACCAGAUUACUGCUGAAGAACAAGAGAGCAAGCGAAGAUUAAGUUAUCUCCGAAUAGUCAGUCUUCAGCCAGUCAUUAAACGAAAAAACCACGUACAAUCAAGCAGUUAAACAUACAAAUAAAAUCACCAACAAUCAAAUCAACAGCAAUAUUUUCUAGUUAUUAUUAUAAGGGUAUAAGUAAAAAAAUCAACAAUAUCCUGUCCCAAGAAAACUAUUGGCUUCCAUUCAUGUAUUUUUUUAUGAAUGAUAGAAACUGCUAGUGUGUGACUCAUCCUAUAAUAAUUUGUGUAUUAAUUGAUAAAAAUGUACCUAGUAAAAAAGAAAAAUCAUUCAAAUAUGCGAAAAUGUCACCAGCUCACACGUCCCUGAUUAUAUAUUUUCCCAAAGUAGAAUGCGUUUAUUUCAUUAUUUAUAUUGCACAUUUAAAAAUUGUUUGAUGGGUAUAAUUUGCUUUUAUAAUAGCACACACAAUUAUAAAAUAAAGUUUCUAAUAAGUGUACUACUUUUUGACCGUAGUAUACCCAUUGGCUUUUUGAAUUUCCACAGAACUGA